GAAGGGAGAACGUGAGUCGGGCAGGGUUUUGAUUGAGGGGUUUGGGGUCCUGUUUCGCCCGCCACCCCCUGGGGCCGGGGUGGAGCAGAUAUUCCGGAUCCGGAGAGACUGCGGUGUCCUGAGAGGUUGCCUGUCAGGAGGGCUGUCAUUUCCGCAGGCCAGAAAAGGGAGUUCGGGUACCUUCCAGAGUGUGAGACCCAGCGCCCCACUCCCGCACCCCGCAGGCUUUCGUCCUCGCCAUGGCUGAGCUAAUCCAGAAGAAGUUACAGGGAGAAGUGGAGAAAUAUCAACAGCUACAGAAGGACUUGAGUAAAUCCAUGUCAGGGAGGCAGAAACUAGAGGCACAACUAACAGAAAAUAAUAUCGUGAAGGAGGAACUGGCCCUGCUGGAUGGAUCCAAUGUGGUCUUUAAACUUCUGGGUCCCGUGCUGGUCAAACAGGAGCUGGGGGAAGCUCGGGCCACAGUGGGGAAAAGGCUGGACUACAUCACGGCUGAGAUUAAGCGAUACGAAUCCCAGCUCCGGGACCUAGAGCGGCAGUCAGAGCAACAGAGAGAGACCCUUGCUCAGCUGCAGCAGGAGUUCCAGCGGGCCCAGGCAGCAAAAGCAGGGGCUCCUGGGAAGGUCUGACCCUGUCUUGAGCGGGGGCAGGGAAGGAAAUGAGGCAGCUUUAGGGUCUAUACUGUAGUUAAUAAAAUGUGAAAAUACCUGGCCGUUUUCUGACCAGCC